AAUGGUCUAUGGAACCAAAGAAUGCACUAAAUAAGAUUCUCAUUGAAACAUAUUCAAUCAACAAUUUUUUCAAAAAAAAAUAAAAAAAUAAAAAAAAUAAGAGAGAAAAUCAAUUAACCAAAUCCAGAAAUGGUUUAUCAAUUCAUGUGAAAACAGCACAAACUCCCUUUUCCUUCCAGCCACUGACACAGUAGUAACGGCUCCAUUUUUUUAAAAACUUUACCUUAAUUUCUUGCGCAAAUGAAUGAACCCUUUUGGAAUCCAGCUUCCGCCUGACUGAGAAAUUAGCAUAGUGGGAAACUUUCUAUACUGGGUGCAACUGCAUCCCUCCCUAUACACUUCAUACUUCUCCCAGACUCCUUCCAUUGCUCCUUAUAUUUCAAAGCAAAUACAAACUCUGAAAUCAACCAGAAGGAAAAUUACAAAAGAAAAAAAAAAUGGAGUCUUGUAGGGUUCUGGUGAUGGCCAUUGUGUCGUUGGUGUUCAUCUUUCCUGUUAGCUUUGGUUGGGGUAUUGACGGCCAUUUUACUGUCUGCAGAAUCGCUCAGUCACGGUUGAGCCAAGCAGCAGAAGAUGCAGUGCAGGAACUGUUGCCACACUACGCAAAUGGCGAUUUAGCGAGCGUUUGCAUUUGGGCAGACAGAAUCAAGUUUCGUUACCAUUGGUCCUCUGCUCUUCAUUUCAUUGAUACUCCAGAUUCCCUUUGCACGUACCAGUAUGACAGGGACUGCAAAGACGAAGGUGGAGAGAAAGGCCGGUGUGUUGCAGGGGCCAUUAACAACUAUACUUCCCAGCUUCUAAGCUACAAAACUCAACCUUCUCACUCUGAAUAUAAUCUGACUGAAGCACUACUUUUUCUUUCACACUUCAUGGGAGACAUCCAUCAGCCUCUGCAUGUGGGCUUCACUGGAGACAGGGGAGGAAACACAAUUGACGUUCACUGGUACACCAGGAAGCAAAAUCUUCACCAUGUAUGGGAUAGCAACAUAAUUGAGACAUCAGAAAAAAAGUUCUACGACUUCAGUGUGGAUGGCCUGAUUGAUGCAAUCCAAACGAAUAUUACGAAGGAAUGGGCAGAUCAAGUUGAAGAAUGGGAAAACUGUGGUUCUAAUGAGGUACCAUGCACAGAAAUAUAUGCAUCAGAAAGUAUCCAAGCAGCCUGUGACUGGGCAUACAAAGGCGUUUAUGAAGGUUCUACACUAGCAGAGAAAUAUUUCUCCUCCCGUGUGCCAGAAGUGAACUUGCGGUUGGCGCAAGGUGGAGUCAGAUUAGCAGCUGCUUUAAAUCGCAUCUUUGGUUGACAGACAUUCCUCUAGGUUAUACUCCGAGGAAAUCUGCAAGAAAUAGUUAAGUUUCAAGUUAGUGCUGAAAAGUUGACCUUAAUAUGCCUAUGUAGUAUGUAAUCUUGUUAAACAAUCAGCGCCAUGAGGUGAAUAAAGUUCUUCCUGGAAUAUCAUUCUCCUUGACUAACUUAUUUCUUUUUAAUUUCUUUAUCUAGUCCAUGCCACUUUUUAGCUUAGCACCUUUCUUGUCAACUACAGUUCUGUCAAUUCGUACCCAAAAAAAAAAAAAAAAAAAAAAAAAAAAA